UUAGUUUAAAAGUAUUGAAGCUUGUUUGGUCGCGCUGUCAAUAAUUUCAUUCAUUCUCUAGCCAUAUUCCAUUAUAAAAACAACUCAUACUCGUUUUGCGAUAUGGACGACGAACAACACGCAGCAAUAAUUUUCGAAUUAAAUUGAACAAAAAAAAAUAUAAAGCAAUUUUUUUUCUAAAUUCUUUGUUAUGUUUUAACAAUUUUCUCAGUGAAAAUGUGAAAUUGUGUUAAAAUAUACAAAGUUGAUUUGGUUUACGUUUAAUCGUGUACGCGUAUUCAUUUGACUCGCGUUAAAAGUUUUCUGACACAUACACAAAAGUGGUGACAUAGCGAAAUAGCCAAAAAAACAGAGACACUUUCAUCGAAUUAAAGACAAAAAUAUCGAAAUUUAUCGCAACAGAAUAUCGUGUGAAAUUGACAACAUUUAACUUUUGACGAAAAAUCUGUGUAUUUUGUGAAUGAAAACGAGAAAGGACUGCAGGCAGUGACUGCAUGUUUUUUUUUGUCAUUAUACUUGAAGUGCACCAACAUUUGAUUGCCAUACAGUGAGUUGUGAGUGAUAGUGUUUAUUCUUUUCGCUUUGUUUUGUUGCUCGAUUUCAUUUUGUGUGUGCAUGCAUAUAAAAACGAAUAAAAAAAAUAGAAACAAACUAAACUAAAUAUUAAAGGUUCGUGCAAAUAUACACGUGUUUAUUAAAGAGAAAGAAAAAAAAAACAAAAAAAAUUCGUGGAGAAUAGAGAAAGAGAGACGCCAGUAGGAAAGGAAAAAAAAGCAUGUGAUUACAUACGCAUAUAAUGUUUCCUGAGCAACAACAACAAUUACGAUAAAAAUUGACUCUUUCUGUGUGUUUGGUGUUGUUGUCAACGACUAGCUGUGUGGCGAUUAGGAUUCUCAUUAAUUCAGCAAGAAUGUUAAUGUGGGCCAAUCCAACUUUAUAUUAUAAAUGUUGACGACGUAAAACACAACAGAUCUACUUUGAAAAUUAAAAUGAUGCUAUCGGAACACUAGGUAUCUAAUCAUAUAUGCGCAUCAUUUUGACAGCUCCGAACCAUUUUGCUUCGAAGUGAAACAAUCCACGAGACAUAUAUUCUUUGAAUAGUUUUACGGUGUUUAUUACAGAAAAACAUGCAUUAAUCACAAGAAGAAGAAAACAAAUCUGUGAAUAAUUUUGUUCAAGUCGCAAAUAUAAAGUGAAAAAAAAAAUUAAGGAAUUUCACAUUCAAUUGUUUUGCAAAUAAAGUUGUGUGAAUGACAUUAAUAGGGCCUGGAGCUCCAGGUAUGGCCUUCAUGAUGAAAAAGAAAAAAUACAAAUUUUCCGUCGAACUGAAUCUUGAGGAGUUGGUUGAAGUGCCAUUUUUAAAUGCCGUUCUAUUUGCAAAAAUUCGAUUACUCGAUGGCGGCUCAUUCCAGGAAUACAGCACUCGCGAGGAGGUUAAAAAUCACACAGUGAAAUGGAACCAAAAAUUUGAAAUUGUUUGUAAAAUGUCGGCAAAUGCAUCUACCGGUAUUUUGGAUCCGUGUACAUUACGAAUAUCGGUACGAAAGGAGAUUAAAGGCGGUCGCAGCUAUCAAAAAUUGGGAUUUAUUGAUUUGAAUUUAGCGGAAUUUGCUGGUUCUGGUUUGAUACCAAAACGAUGCUUACUCGAGGGAUAUGACACUCGGCAUCGACAAGACAAUUCAAUGCUGUGCAUUGCCAUUAAAAUGCAUAUGCUCAGUGGUGAUAUUCUUUUUAAAGUUCCAACAAGUUUAAUUAAUAAAAAAUUAGCGUCACGUGACGAUUUAGGUAGUGAUAUAUUAGUUGGUGUUGAAAAUACACCGUUACCUGGAACGACGCGGCCAACGAGCGUAAUACCAUCAACAGCAAGCGUCAAUACUCUGCCCGGUCUUGUAGGUGGAAUACGUGAUGAUUCAUCAAUCACAUCGGGAUCAUCUGGUUUUGGAUCGUUACCAAAGAAAAAGAACGAUGACGGUAUGUCGAUGAUGGUAAAUGUCACCGACUCAAGCAUGUCUGAAUCAUCCGAGCCGUUGAACACGCUGCUGACCGAUUCGAUAACAUCAACGACGGCCAAUCAAUUAUCACUGCAGCAGUUGUCGGGAAUUCAAACGCAACAAUCGGCAUUGUCAACCGCAAACACUGGCAGCAGUGGCAUUGAGCAAGGUCAUUCACGCAAUUCGAGUAAUACUAGUCAAAUGUCUAAAGGAUCUGGUUAUAGUAGUUUUUCGCAAAGUCAACACUCGAGGCAAAGUUCUGAAGGCGAUUCGAGUCAUACGAGGUGUCAUCCAGUUUUCUCGAAAUCGACACCAAUAGCGAAUCGUCUGUAUCCGAAAUCGUCUUUAAAAAUAAAAAUGCCAACCAGUCCUGAAUCGGAUGGUGAAAUUUAUUUAACACCAAAUACAUCGGUGUCCAUUGAUAGUGAUGAUAAUAGCAGAAUUGGUAAAAACGUUGUAAUAUUUGAACAUGUAAAACCGCCGCCACGUUCAAAGAACGGUUAUCGAAUUGAUAAAAUUCAAAGUAUGAGUAGCAUCGCAAAUGGCAAUCAUAAUUAUAAUAAAGAUGCAUCAAAUGACAAUCGAACCGAUCAUCAACUUUCCCAUGAUAAACAAUAUUCGAGCAAUAAUAAUAAUGAUGGACAAAAUAACUGUAUAUAUCGCAUGAAUUCGCUGGGUAAUCUGUCACAAUACGAACGUGAUUUCGGUUCAACGCCAAAGUCAUUGCUCAGACUCAAAGAAGAAUUUGAAAAUCGACGUAUUGCAUUGUUAGCACAGCGCAAUUCAUUAAAUAAUCUACUAAAAAAUAGUAAUAACGAUGCCACUGAUAAAAAUGGUGAUAAUAAUAAUUGUUUGUUUGCACGUACGCAACGAAUGCAUAAGAAACGAUUCGGAAUCGGUGAUACCAAGUAUAUUGGUACUGAAAAUGAUACGCCCGAAUCAAAGCAAUAUCAUCUCACUAAGAUGAAAUCAUUGGGUACAAUAUCCGAUUCACUGGUCAGUGAACGCAUCACAUACGAUCCAUUUUUAACGCCAAUGAUACCGCGUCGACGGCAUCCAGCCAGUUUGCAUAGCUUUGAAGAGGAAGAUACUCGAAAUGAUUUUAACAGUGAUAGUGGCAGUUCCGAUGAACAAGAAAAUUUUCUACGUCAUCAACCCGACGAACAUGUACGUUUUAUACACGAAAGUAAUUUGUUGAAAGGCUCAUUUGAACGUGGCUUUCGGCGUAGUUAUAAUAAAAAACACGAUCGUCCAGUUUCAACAACGGCAACGGGUCUACGACAAUCAGAUGGUUGCUUUAAAAUGCCAUUGCCCGUUGAUAGGCAGCAACAGCAGCAGCACUCUCAUGUACCGGCUGAAAAACAACAAAAAAAUCGAUCAUCUGUACACAGUCUGCCCAGUGAUGGGAAAUUUGAAGUUACUAGAAAUCCGAGUGCAGGUUCACUUGCAAGUGAGACUGGUUCGCUGGAUCGUAUGAAAGCAGCAGCUGAACGACGAAAGAAAGGUUUAGAUGACAGUGGAACAACGGUGUCGGGACGUGUCGAAGGCACCCGAGUCAAUCCAGAUUCGCUAAUUGACGAAUUAUUAAAGAAUACCAAAUUAGAUCAAGUUGGAGAAGGUGGCGGUGGAUUGCAGUUAUACAUUGCAAGCGAUGGAACUGCAUCACUGGGAAAUCACAAUGAAGUUAAGUCACGACUUUCUGGAACUGUAUUUAAAGUUGUCAAUCCAAGAUAGUAGCGCACUCAACAAAAUGCAUUUUUGGUUGCCGCUACGAUGACGACAAAAACAACAACGGUCUCUGGUCAUUAGACCCAUUUUGACAUCAUUACUAUUUAUUCGGUGCAUGACGACAAUUCCAUAGCGAAAACCAUUUAAACAAUUAAAUAAAUGAAAUCAA